GUUUGCCCUAAUUGGUGAAGAGGCACCCAGCAGAGGCAGGGCUUCCUUUUCUGCUCUGCUCCGAUCAGACACGCGCAGUUGGCUGAGACUCCAGAAGCAGGAUGCUGCCCUUAUUUCUAACGGCAUAUCUUUUAUGUCUCCGGAGUUUAACAGCGACAACGACGCUUUUACCGAGGAUGACGUUCACAGAGAAAGAGACAGCAAUGAAAAGGUUACCGCUACCCGGACACCACGCACCCAUAGAGAUCGUUGUGGAAGGAGAGCCGGACACCGUGAUAGCCGCUGGGCCAAAACACCUCAACUCACUCAACUUCCAAAAUCCUCAGAAGACACCUGUGGAAAUUCACGUGUUGUGGACGGAGUGCAUCGACCCCGGGCCUCCACCGACACUGAGAGCAGAUUGCAACUAUAACAUCACAUUGGUCCACAAGAGGGAGGAGGCCAACCAGCUGUUUCUGUGCGGGACCAACGGCAAGGAGACCCUGUGCUGUGACAUGAAUUUAUCAGAGCAGUCACCCGGGUGCCUUCCCUUGGAAAAAAUGGAGAAAAUAAAAGGGAGCAUCAGGAAAUUUGUCAUAAAGGAAGGUGAACCGUUUGCCCUACUGGACUCUCCAGAAAGUGAUCUCUAUAUUACAUACUCUGGAUCUCAAGACAAUGUUGGCAUCCACAAGUUUGGGAAAAACAGAGUUACACCGGCAAGACACAAUAAAGAGCAGCACUAUGUGGGUUUGGUGCUCAGCAGACAGAGAGAACCCCUGAAGAGUCGAGUAUAUGCCUUCUACAGGGAGAAAAACAGAGACAGAGGCUUGUACAGUGAAAUGUGGAUCCCUUUUGUGGCCCGGGUUUGCACGGGGGAUCGUGGCGGUCCCAAGAACAUCUUGCAGUACAGCUGGACGUCCCAGAUGAAUGCCAGGCUCUUCUGUGGAGACACCGACAGCCGACAGCAUUUCUCUGAGCUGGUGGACGUGGCCACUGUGCAGGCAGACCAGUGGCAGGACACCAGGGUUUACGCACUCUUCCGAAAUGAAUGGGGUAGGAGUGCUGUGUGCGUCUACACCAUCCGAGAUAUUGAUCACAUCUUCACAACCUCCCCAUUUAAAGGCAAGGACGUGCAAAGCAACCGGCCUAGAGAGUGUGUUGAAGACAGCACAAAGAUUCAACCAGACGUCCUGAGGAUGAUCGAGACAUAUUCGGAGAUGGAGCAAUGGGUCCGGCCUGAGAAGAACUCCGGCCCGCUCCUUUCUAAUCACCACAGCUACACCCACAUCCACGUCCAUGGUUCCCGGAGCAACCAUAAUGUCCUGUUCCUGUCUCUCAAUAAUGGAGGGAUUCAUAAGGUGAUGCAGAAUAAAAGUCAAACAUUUAUCAUCGCUGAGUAUCAACCUUUCAACCACAGGACCCACGUCGUCAGCAUCGGCCUCCACCCCUCUUCUGGUAAGCUGUAUGUGAGCUCCAGAAAUGAACUGGUCCAACUAAAUGUGGCAAACUGUGCCCAGUAUGGGGACAGCUGUGAGCUAUGCGUCUUGGCCAGAGAUCCCUACUGUGGCUGGAACGGCACCCACUGCACCCCUGAGACAGAUGGCACGCUGCAGGAUCUGACCCAUGGGAACCAUGCCAUCUGCUUGACUGUGUCAAAGGUUCAGCUCCAUGAAAAAGUGUUUCGAGGUUCCACUGCAACACAUGCAGACGAGGCCAAGGGCAGCGUCACACUUCCCCCCGAGUCCAAGCAUUUCCUCCGGUGCCCGGUGUCGUCCCAUCACGCCCAGUACAGCUGGCGUCACCUUGGAAGCAACACAAGCUGCAGCUCGAGGGAGCAGCAGUGCCUUCUCCUGAUCGACAGCAUGGGCCCCGAGCACGUGGGAGCGUACACAUGUGUGUCGGAGGAGAUGGGCCACAGAAGAGUGCUGGCGCAGCACCAACUCCAGCUGGAGGGCCGGGCGGCGGGUCGGUCAUCGAGCCCACUGAUCUGGCUUUGUCUCAUGGCUGUUGUGAUCAAGAGUUUGUCCUGAGUAGAGCACAUGGAAGAAAACCACGGCGAUAGACGACACUUCCGAUCUCCCAAGUGUCUGUCAUCGUAACAGAGCUCGGCCCGCGAGCUCAAAAGAAAAGUCUUUAUUUUGUUACCACAGGUCCUAAUAGUAAAUAGUUUCCUUUGAUUGAACUAACAAAAUGUGCUCCACUUGUGCAAUCGUGAAUCGGCAUUGCUUUCAACCGAGGAGACAUUGAUGAAGAAAUCAGACGUCCCAAUCUUGCUUUGGACAUAAGUCCUCACCUUCUAAUGCAAACUUUCAGAAGAAUGUGAAGUAGAAAUAUAUGUGUAAAAGCUGUUCCUCAUCUAGCAUAUCUGAAUCCUUUGACAUGACCCUGUAGGCGUCCGCUGCACACAAGCAGCCGGGUGUACCGUUAACCGAUAAUGAUGUGAAUUCAUAUUUUGUCAGUCCAGUUUAAGCUUCAUGUUUUGAUUCCAUGAAAAGAUUAAUCUCAAUGCAAAACCACACGAAUGGGAGGAGGCGGUAUCGUGACGAUUACAAGAUAACCUCUUCGCUUGGUUUACACACCAGAAAUAUUCAAUCUGUAUAUUAUUUAAAACCAGCGUAAUAGAAAAUAAUAUUGACAAAUGUCUACAUUAAGUCGACUUUCAAAUGUCAGCAAGAGCAUCAUCUUGCUGACUUUGUGCUUUGACUCUCCCGCUACCAUCUUUGGGUUAGGAAACGCAUGCAGAGUUGCAACUGGGGCAACUGGUUAAAGAUGUAAAGGAAACCAGUAACCCAGAUGCUUAGCAAGAAUCUAAUACUACUACAUGAACUGGGGCAAGGCAGUGGCAUAUAGGAAACCUUUGUUGGUUUGGUAGAAACCAGAAUCACGAGUCUUCCAAUACAAUAGUACUAUUAUGAAUUGCAUUUCCGUUCUUUUGAAAUACUACCUGUUUCCUUUACUGAGAAAUUCUGUCCGGAGGAGGAGGGGACAUUCUGUCUUUGCAGUAAUUUCCUAUACCUCAGACUUGCCCAACAUGCUUUGGGCAAUGUACUGCAUGUCAAGACGUCUCUGCUCAACACUUUUAGCACUUUAUUUACUGUAAUAAAUAUAUGUAUUUAAUA